AUGUAUCUUCCCAGGCAGCUCAUCUCCCACCUUUACCAACAACUCCUCAAAUCUCACCACCCACUUUCCCCGCCAGUUCUGAUUCUUGUGGCGCUAGAGCCAGACGCGCUAUGUGCCUGUCGAAUUCUUACAGCAUUGUUGAAACGCGAUUUCAUCCCUCAUAAAAUCCAACCCGUUGCAGGAUAUGGCGACCUGUCGCGUGCGGGGGAGGAACUCGUCCGACCCAUGCAAACCACCAACGGCGGCAGCGGCGGUGUAGUAGUCUGUCUCGGAGUCGGGGGCCUGGUCGAUCUGGGUGAAAUAUUGGCGUUGAGCAACCCUGAAGACGAAGUCGAGGAUAUGGGGGGCGUGGAGGUCUGGGUGUUCGACGCGCGACGGCCGUGGAACCUGGGGAAUAUCUUUGGCGGACAAGCUGGGAUAGGACAGGGAUUGGAAGAAAUUGAUGCCAACGCGCGACGGCGAGGGCGCGGUGUGGACAAAGGCUGCAUCACCAACUCUUACACGUCAAAAAAGGGCGGCAUUGUCGUGUAUGACGACGGAGACAUCGAGGAAGAACUCCGCAAUGAACGAGAAGCAUAUUACGCGUUACUGGAAAUGCCAGAUGUCGACGAUGAUGAUGAUGAUGGGAGUGAUGAUGGCUCUGAGGACGAAAUGCAAACGGGGUCAAAGAAGCGCAAGUCCUGGUCGGGUCGCGAAGACGACGAUGAAUCUGAAGGCGAUGAGCCACCCCACCAACGGAGGAGGAGUAACUCGGGCUCCUCCGUCGCAUCAACCCCGACUCGUCGGAAGAAGACUGGAAUGAACUCGUCGAAUUCGUCACGAUCUGCGACACCAACAACCGACUCUCUAUCACCACCAGAGGCGAAGCAACCCUCGGCACGCUCAUUAAAGAAACGUUUACUUAAUCUCAAGAGGAGACACGACUCUGUUCUACAAGCCUACUACUCCUCUGGAACAUCAUACUCAGAACCAAUUUCAUCCCUGGUCUACUCGCUGGCUUCGGAGCUCGGAAGAGAUGACAAUGACUUGCUUUGGCUAGCCAUUGUUGGUGUCUCUAGCUUGGAACUCAGUGGCCGCACCAUGACUGGUGUAGGUAUUUCCAAUACAUCAGAAUCCGGUGGCUCAGCAGGCUGGGGUGGCCAGCGUGGUGAACACAUUCGCCAAAUACUUCGCGAUGAGGUCCAUCGUCUGAAUCCACCAGAUCCUGCGGAGCCAAACCGUGAUAUUCGAGGGGAGAUCAAUGGAGUCAUUCCUACGACCGCCAGAUCACCAACGGAUACAUCCAUCCGCCUUUCCCCCGAGCCCCGUUUUCUCCUUGUGCGACAUUGGUCGCUGUAUGAAAGCAUGCUUCACAGCCCCUACCUCGCUCCCAGGCUGCACGUCUGGACAGAGAAUGGCCGCAAGCGACUUCAUAAACUUCUAGCCAAAAUGGGUAUCAGUCUGACCCAAUGCCACCAAUAUUAUACCCACAUGGACAUGGAAUUGAAGCGCGGGCUGCGAGGCCGUUUGCUCAAAUACGCUCCCAUGUACGGGUUGGAUGGACUUGUGCCGGCCGAGGGCACCUCGGGAGCAAGUGCCCGAGAGGGUUGGGGAUUCGUGCGCUGCUGGGGCUGGAAGGCAUGCCUUUCUGCAACAGAUGUCGGUGUGAUCGUUGGUGCAAUGCUGGAAGUUGGGCCACAUGAAACUUCCACUGCAUGGGACUCUCAUCGCUUGCCGCCAGCGCGCAACACCGACGACAACGAAAAUGGCCAAUCGGGCGAAUCUGACCUGGCUAGUCUCCUCCCACGGUUCUGGUGUGCUUAUGACGCCCUUUCAUUAACCUCCGAGUCACCAACACUUCUCCUUGAGUCUUUGCCUCUGGCCCAGCAUCUACACCGUGCUAUCCUACGCACAGGUACCUCUUUGCUUUCCAAGCAUCAGAUCCGCCAUCUUCGGGCAUUCCGCAUUGCUGUGGUCAAAGAUGGACCAGAUGUCAAGCUCUUCACGAACCCUGGCGCUUUGACGAAGUUAGCACUGUGGGUUGCGGAGGCAAUUCGAGUCCAAGAGAAAGAACGUGGUGACUCCGUCAAAAUCGGCCGCAAGAGAGCAGCAGGAACUCCUCUCGUCCUUGCCGGUCUUGACGAAGAUCGUGAUCUCUAUGUCGUUGUUGGUACCGGUGGCGGUGGAGGAGUUGUUGACUUCGCUGCUAUGUCUAAACGCCAAGAAGAGCGCAAGAAAAAGAAGGAAAUCAAAGACAAGAAGCAGAAGGAGCGAGCAGAACGCCGUUCUAAGAAGGCUGCCGAGCGAGCCGAGCGAGAGGAGGAGACUGGUGCGGAAGAUGAAGAGUCUGAGGAUUCGGAGUCUUCGUCAGAGUCGGAGUCUGAAGACGAGGAGGAUCCACGUGGAAAGAGGCAUCUUCUUCGCAAUCGUUUCGGCAUUGCCUUCCAGGAGGUAGUCCAGGAGACGAAUGCCCGAGUCCGCAUUGAUAGCUUCGAACAUUGUGUUGUCGAGGUCCAAAAGGAUGACCUUGGCGGCUUCCUUGAAGCCCUGAGCUUCCGCAGUGUGGUGGGCUAG